AUGGGUGACAUUCCAUUUAGUUGUCCAACAGAUUACCCAUAUACAUCUAGUACGAUAUUAACAGCAUGUAAAAUUCGAGUAUUAAAUUUGAUUUGUAUGUGGUUAUACUUAGCAACAUUAAUAAUUAUAAUACCCCUUUUUUGGUCGUUGCGUAAUGCUUCUAAAUCGAAAAUUCCUGACUUUGAACGGGAAACAAGCGGUUUUCUUGGUAUUUUUGAUAAAUUGGGAUUAGGUAUCUCAAGAAGACAACCACCUAGGUCACCUAGAUUGGAUUUAGAAGAUGAUCCGAAGAGAAACUCAGUACUGAUUUUUGACGCUGGUAGUCCGAUCGUUGGGGAGUUUAGUAACAGAAAUUAG